CUGUGCAGUAUCUGUAGAGACGCUGAAGAUUUCUAGCUACUUUUAAACGCUAAAAUGGGCUUGAGGAACAAGAUGUCCGAGGAGAAUCCAGAGAUGCGGGAAAUGGCAGCACGUAUAUGUCGUGAUUACCUUCAUGGAGUUUGGAAACAUGUUACCGCGGAGAACAUCGCGCUGAAACGUAUCAGCGGCGGACUGAGUAAUUGGUUGUACAACGUUCAGUUACCGAACGGAGCCGUUCCGAUUCGCGGGGAGCCGCGGCAAGUUCUGUUGCGAUUGUACGGACAAGUACACGGGGAAAGAGCACUGGAGGGGCUGAUCACCGAAUCGGUCAUUUUCACGUUGUUGUCGGAAAGACAGCUCGGACCGAAAUUGCACGGCAUAUUUCCCGGUGGUCGUAUAGAGGAAUAUAUACCCGCCAGGCCGUUGCUAACCAAAGAAUUGGCAGAUCCGAUGUUGAGUUCCAUGAUCGCUGAAAAAAUGGGUCAGAUUCACACUAUGCAGGUCCCAAUAAGUAAAGAACCAACCUGGCUUUGGGACACCAUGGCCAAAUGGUUGGACACAGCCACCGAUAUUUUGGAGAACCUCGAAGAUAUCGAUGCCCGACACACGAAUAAUGUCGAUGCGAUACGAACGAUCGACCUGGAUCACGAGAUCAAUUGGUUCAGAUCACUCGCGACGCAACGGAAAUAUCCAGUUGUCUUUUGCCACAACGACAUGCAGGAAGGUAACAUAUUGUUGAAACAAAACACGCGAAAACCGGAACUGGUCCUUAUCGACUUUGAAUACUGUUCGUACAACUACCGAGGAUUCGAUAUAGCGAAUCAUUUCGUCGAGUGGCAAUACGAUUACACGGCAGCAGAAUAUCCUUUCUUUCAUGAGCGCACAGGAUCAGGGCCUACGAAAGAGCAGAAGCUCAACUUCAUAAGAAAUUACUUGAAGACAGUUGGCAAACGCGUCAUGACGGAGAUCAAGAUAUUCUCUUUGGCCAGUCACUUAUUUUGGGGUUUGUGGAGUAUUGUCAACGCUAAACUCUCCGAAAUUCCAUUUGGAUAUUGGGAUUACGCGGUUUCUAGGCUAAAAAAUUAUCAAUACUUGAAAGAAAAGAUCACGGUAUCCGGCCCGCCGACGAUAGAUACCGACGACACGGACAUAAAAAUAAAUUCAAUCGAUUGAAAAGACCGAGCGCUCGUCGUCCGUUACGGCGUGGCGUGGAGUGUUUCAUCUACGACGUGACAACAAAGUUUGCCUGCUACAUUUUCAUGUGCACGUGAUUAUCUUGUCAGAGUAUCGCGAUGUAUCUCUAUUCUGUUAUUGGAAAUCGUGAUACAUGUUUCAUGCUUUCGACAAAAGAGAAAGAGAAAGAGGAAGAAGAAGAGGAGGAAGAGGAGGAAGAGGAGGAAGAGGAGAAGCA